AUGAAAAAGGAACAUAAGGAUUUAUGUCGACGUCAAUCUAAUGACGACUUUGAAGAAACACCAACAUGGGCUGCUGUUAUAACUGUUCUUGGCUAUGCGUUACUUAGUGUACUUGGAUGGUUACGUGAUUUUCUUCGUAAUAUUGGUAUAGAAAAAAAAAUGACUGCUCAAGAUCCAAAUCCAAAAGAUUUUGUUCCACUUUAUCAAAGUUAUGAAUGUUUUUAUACACGAAAUUUAUAUACACGUAUACGUGAUGUAUUUAAUCAACCUAUUGCUAGUGUUGCUGGAGCUACAGUUCAAGUUAUGGAACGUCUUUCAGAAGAUUUUAAUUGGACAUUUAAAUUUAGUGGUAAAAAAUUACCAUCAAUCAAUCUCGGUUCAUAUAAUUAUUUGGGUUUUGCGGAAAAUUCUGGUCCUUGUUCUGAACAAGCUAUAAAAUCUCUAGAAAAAUAUGGUAUUACAACAUCUAGUACACGUCAUGAAUUAGGUAUACAACAAUAUAUGAACGAUCUUGAAUCGUUAAUGGCUGAAUAUUUAAAUGUCGAAGAUUGUAUUGCUUUUGGUAUGGGUUUUGCUACGAAUGCAUUAAAUAUUCCUACACUUGCCAGAAAAGGUGAUUUAAUACUUAGCGAUAAACUUAAUCAUACUUCACUUAUACUUGGUGCUCGUCUAUCUGGAGCUGUUACUCGUACAUUUAAUCAUAAUGAUGCAAAAGACUUAGAAAUUCAAUUGCGUAAAGCUAUUAUUCAUGGUCAACCACGAACAUGUCGACCAUGGAAAAAAAUUUUGAUUAUUGUCGAAGGUGUCUAUAGUAUGGAAGGUUCAUUUUGUAACUUACGAGAAAUAAUUGAAUUGAAGAAAAAAUAUAAAGCUUAUUUAUAUGUUGACGAAGCACAUUCAAUUGGUGCUAUUGGUUCACAUGGUCGUGGUGUUGUUGAUUAUUGGAAUGUUAAUCCCAAGGAUAUUGAUAUACAUAUGGGAACAUUUACUAAAAGUUUUGGAUCAGCUGGUGGUUAUAUCGCUGGAAAAAAGUCUUUAAUUGAUCAUAUUCGUAUUUACACACAUUCAGGAUGUUAUUCAACCAGUAUGUCAGCACCCAUUGUCUAUCAAAUAAUAUCUGCAUUAAAUAUAAUUAUGGGUCGUGAUGGUACAAAUGAUGGUCAAAAACGUAUUCAACAAUUAGCUUGUAAUGUACGUUAUUUUCGUCGUCAACUUGUCGAUAUGGGCUUUAUUGUAUAUGGAAAUGAUGAUUCACCUGUAGUCCCAGUUAUGAUAUAUAUGCCAGCUAAAAUUGCAGCUGUUAAUCGUGAAAUGUUAAAGCGUGGUUGUGCUGUUGUCACUGUUGGCUUUCCAGCUACUUUACUUACAGAAUCACGUGUAAGAUUUUGUAUAUCAGCUGGUCAUACUAAAGAAAUGCUUGAUAAUGCUUUACGAGCAAUGGAUGAAGUUGGACAUCUUGUAUCACUACGAUAUUCUAAACGAAAUCCAUCACGUCGUUGGCAUGAACUUAAACGAGCGGAUUAUGAUAAAGAAUAUUUUUAA